AUGGACCUAACAGCGAUUCUCCUAGCGCUACAUAUCCUAUCGGUGCUGCCGUCUGCGAAUGCAUGGACAUUCGUUUGGCGCAAUGCAUCGGACAACGCAUUUGUGGAACAUGACCAGCAACCGAUGUCAUGUACUCAAAUAAACAACGCACAAGGAGAGAUAUUCGAGUGGGACUCUGAAGAAGGACCUUUCGCUAUCUCUCUAUAUGCCAACACAGACUGCUCGGGUCCACCGGGAGGCUAUGCCACACAUAUCUUCAACAAGAACGCGAGCAAGCCGAUUCUUUCAUUCAAAGUCGAUUCAACCGCUACAACGACGACCUCUUCGACAACUACCACAUCGACAUCUAGUUCGAGCACUUCAAGUAAUACUCAAACACCGACAGCUGCUCCCACGACUGCGUCUCCCUCCCCAUCGCCUUCUUCGUCUGGCACUACACUAUCCGGCGGAGCUAUUGCGGGUAUUGUAAUUGGAGUAGUCGCAGGUGUUGCCAUAAUCGGAGGGUUCUUGUUCUUCAUGGGUCGACAGAAGCGCCAAAAAUCGACCCCUGAUACUGGCCCUAGUCUGGGUUACACAGAUCCCUCGUACAGGUCCCCCUCGUCGUACAAUUCACCGUCGUCGAUGGGCCCCGGCUUGUCGUCAGAGGGGCAAAAGCCACCGCACGCUCGCUCUGCACCGAGUUCAGGUACGGGGCCUAUGCGGGUGGUCGAGCUUGAGGGUGAUACCACGGCGGCUGAGUUGAGCAAUGCUCAUGUGGUUAAUGAAAUGGAGAGUCCUGUCAAUGUCAAGGGGCCACUAUAUUGA